AUGUUCCAAUCAGAUAUAAUUAUGUGUUUACAAUUUACAAUUGUGAAAAUCAGUAUCGGUCGCAGCCUCGACGACACGAAUUGUUCCUCCACUCAGUCUCAAACAAAACUGGCUAAGAACACGACGUGCAUUGAGCUACUGUCGGUGUAUCCAUUAUUGUGUUCAUGGUUUUUGGUCAACAGCGAAUUGGAACAGUUGGAAGCAAUGUUACUGGAUACAACGAUUUACCUCGGCGUCGUCGGGGUUGAUCGGGACAAUAUCAGGCUUGACCGUUUGUUGCCGAAGGUCCACUCUCUAAACUCAAGCGAGAUCUGUUAG